CAGCCAUUUUAGAGUCUAUUGGGUUUGCCAUUGCCAAGUUACAUUGAGUUUUCUACUGGUUGAAUUUGUGUUCUCUUAUCGCAUUAACAAUUAAUUUGUAGUUUAACUAUUCAAGUGAGUGACCAAUUAUGGGAAAAGGUGGUGAUUCCAAACCAAAGGGACGAAUGUCCGCUUAUGCCUAUUUCGUUCAAACCUGUCGAGAAGAACAUAAAAAGAAACAUCCAUCAGAACCUGUGGUGUUUGCUGAAUUCUCAAGAAAAUGUGCUGAUAGAUGGAAGACUAUGAAUGAAAAAGAGAAACAACGUUUCCAUACUAUGUCGGAAAAAGACAAGAAACGUUUCCAAACUGAAAUGGCUGAUUAUAAACCGAGUGAUUCCGAGAAAGGUGGUAAGAAAAGGAAACGAGCAAAGGAUCCCGAUGCACCUAAACGAGCACUUUCAGCAUUUUUCUGGUUCUGUAAUGAUGAAAGGGCAAAGGUCAAAGAAACUAUGCCAGAUUCAAGUGUCGGUGAAGUAGCUAAAGAAUUAGGCAAGCGUUGGGCAGUGAUCAGUGACAAGGAAAAGUCUAAAUAUGGAGCUCUUGCUGCUAAGGAUAAAGCAAGAUAUGAAAAGGAAUCUAAUGCUUAUAAAAAUAAGAAGCCCAAAGCCUCUACCGCUAAGAGCUCCAAGAAAGACGAUUCCGAUGACGAAGAAGAAGAAGAGGAAGAAGAAGAGGAGGAAGAAGAAGAAGAAUCAGAUUAAAUUCUGCGUUUGCAGUUCUCCUUUAAUGUUUACAAUCAUCACCAACACACAUAUGGACAGGACUAAAGCAAUCAUCCAAUUGGAUCAGUGACAGUGUUUCAUUAUUUUGGUCUAAUCAUCAAAUUAUUCUUUUUGUCUCAUCCUUUGAACUUUUUCCACUCACCAUCUUUUUCUCCUUAUGGCCCUUUAUCAGCUCGAUUAAAUUGUAAUCAUUAACUCAUUUUUAUCACCACACACAUUUCGAAGCCGAACACCAAAAGUAAUGAUGAUUCACUUCUCAUACUUCAUCUGUUGAACCAAAUCGAAUCUUACAUCAAAAUCGAUUGAUUUGUGUCUUAAAGCCAAGUAAAGAAAUAAUAAAACUAAAUUUGAAUCACCAAUUAACAAAA